AUAAAAAAAACAAAAAAGGCUCGGAAGCUCAGUGACUCCGUCCUCGCGUCUCGCCGGCGGCCGGCGCCCCUGCCUGUCCAUGCCGCCGGAGAAAUCGCCGCAGCCCACAGUUGCUUGUGGACAACGAGUUCUAAUUCCGAACAAACUUGGGGAGAAGCUUGUUGGUUUAUUACAUGAAGCAUGUUCCAAGGAACUUGUGAUCCUUUGUCAUGGAUUCAGAGCUACAAAGGAUGACAGUAUCUUGGUUGACCUUGCCGCUGCACUGGCAAGCGAAGGAGUUAAUGCUUUUCGGUUUGAUUUUGCUGGGAAUGGGGAAAGUGAGGGUGUAUUCCAAUAUGGGAACUACCGAAAAGAGGCAGAUGACUUGCGCUCUGUAGUAUCUUACUUCUCAGAACAGAAGUAUGACAUAAUUGCCCUCGUCGGACAUAGCAAAGGAGGAAAUGCUGUGCUUUUGUCUGCUUCCAUGUACCAUAAUGUUGCCAGCAUUGUGAAUAUUUCUGGCCGCUUUGCUUUAGAGCAAGGUAUCGAUGGGCGCCUGGGGAAGAAUUUCAUGAAGAGGAUAAAGAAAGAUGGAUACAUAGACGUCAGAAAUAAAAAAGGCAAGUUUGAGUACCGGGUGACAGAAGAGAGUCUAGGAGAUCGACUGAGCACCGACACCUUGCUUUCGAGCCGUUCCAUAAGCAAAGACUGCAGGGUUCUCACGAUUCAUGGCUCCAAAGAUGAAACGGUCCCAGCGAGAGACGCCCUGAUGUUCGCUGCAAACAUCCCUAACCAUGAGUUGCACAUCAUCGCAGGAGCCAACCAUCGCUACACAGGCCAUGAGCAAGAGCUGACUUCACUUGUACUGGAUUUCAUCAAGUCCCGUCAUCGAAUCCCAUCGCCGUUGCGUCCAAAGUUGUGAUUGUUUUACCCUUGUCGAGCUUGAUUGAUGUACCCUUUACUUGUUACAAUACCUGAUGACCAAGGACGUGCGCAUAGUUAUUCUGCUGUGUUACUAAUUUUCAGUAAACCAAAAAAUCAUCUUACACCUUCUGAAAACAGAAGUUUGAAUUAGUUAUCAUUUGUAAAAA